AAGACGACGCUUAGAUCCAGAUUUAAGACAGGAAAAAGAUAAUAUAAAAUUCCCAGUCAUUAAAAAAAGAAAACUGAGAAACGUUGACGAAGAUGCUCUCCUGCAUUAACUCCCAAUCCCUUCUUCUAACCCAAACUCCCACUCGCUUCAAGCAAAAACCCUCUCAAUGGGGAAGCCAACCAAGUUCAAAUCCCCGCCGCUGCAUCGCGUAUUCAUCAACUCCCACGGAGGCGACUUGCUCCGCGACGGAUUCGUCCAUGAAAUCGGGAAGGCCCUGAGAAGCAUCAAAGUCAACGCGUACGCUGAUGAGCCAACUGGUGAAGAAGUUGUUUUCAAGAGGAUCGAGAAGUCGAGGAUCGCGAUCGUAGUGUUCUCGAGUAGGUACACUGAAUCGAGAUGGUGCUUAGAGGAGCUUGUCAAGAUCAAAGAAGGAAUGGAACAAGGCAAACUCGAGGUGAUUCCAAUCUUCUACAAGCUGGAUACAUGUGCCGAGCUAGAAGGUGGCUCCGGCCUCAACUUGUUGAAUCCCACCAUGCGUGGUUUUGAUCCUGGAAAGGUCAAGAUCUGGAACGAAGCUUUGGAUUCCGUUUCGUGCAUGAUGGGAUAUCACUUGUAUAACAACAGUGAUGAGUCCAAGUUUAUCAGUCGCAUUGUCAAGGAUGUGAGGAGAAUAUUGAUCCAGGUUCCAAAAGCAGAGCAACUUAACGACUCACAUGAUUCACUGAGUGAACAGAAGAAAGAUGAGAGUGUCCUAGGUGAAGCAGAAUCAGUCAAGGAUGACAUUUUCCUUUGUGAAGCAAACGAGAAAGUUGAAGCAGUCAAUGACGAAGAAGUUAGCACAAGCUCUACCUUACUGACCUCCUACAAGUAUAAAAUGUUCAUCAAUUUCCGGGGAAUCGAUCUCCAUGACGGCUUUGUUGGCCACAUCGUGGAGGCCUUGGAAAGGGUUGGAUUCAACGUCUAUGUUGAUGAAGAUGAGUUACAACCAGGAGAUCUUAGUGAGCCUCUGUUCAAGAGGAUCGAGGAGUCGAGGAUUGCUAUAGUAAUCUUCUCAAGCAGGUACACUGAAUCAACUUGGUGCUUAGAUAAACUGGUGAAGAUCAAAGAACGCAUGGAUGCAGGGAAGCUCCUAAUUAUUCCAAUCUUCUACAAGCUGAAGCAAUUACAGGUUACACAACUGGAGGGAAGUUUCGGUAUCAGGAUUUGGAAUUUUUGGAGGAGUCGUAGGGAGUACCGUGUCAUUAAAUGGAAGGAAGCUUUGGAGUGUGUUGGAGGCUUGAAGGGUUUAGUAAUUGAGGAGGACCGUCUUGAGAGCGAGCUCAUUACAUCCAUCGUCAAGGACAUCGAGAAGAAGAUCGAGAUUUCGUUGCAGGAAAGAAAAAAUCAAUCUUCUUUUUCUUUUACAGGGAGAGAAGAAAACACUGAAUUGCCCACAGGAAAAGGAAAAAAACUUGAAACUUAUCUCAACCAUCGCCUCUUUGGAAUUGAGCUACGUAUGGAGCAAUUGGAGCAGAAGUUAGAGUUUGAUCGCGACGAAACUCGAAUUAUUGGAGUUGUUGGGAUGCCUGGUAUUGGUAAAACUACUCUUGCAAUGAGGUUGUACGAAGAAUGGAACAGCAAAUUUGUACAUUGCAUGCCUCUUCUUGGUAUAUGUAAGAAGUCAAAGGACCAUGAGCUAGUCUGGCUGCGGAAGACCUUACUGGAAGUUUUACUUGAGGGGAAGUUUCCAGAGAAACAAAAGGAGAUAACACAUGAAUCUGUUAAGGACAUCCUGCUCCAGACUAAAGUAUUUAUUGUCCUCACUGACGUGAGUGACAGGAAGCAGUUAGAUUUUCUCCUUGGAAACCUAGAUUGGGUUAAGAAGGGCAGUAAGAUUGUUAUCACAACGGGUGACAGGUCAUUGCUCAAGGAAUUCGUUGAUGAUAUUUAUGUAGUUCCUCUAUUGAACGACGAAGAGGCCUUUCAACUCUUUACUUAUCAUGCCUUUGAUGAUCAAACCUAUAGUCCCUCACAGGGCUUCAUGAUUCUCUCAAGAAAGUUUGUGGAUUACGCCCAAGGGCAUCCGCAGGCCCUCAUAUCACUAGGUACUGAACUUCGUGGGAAAGAUGAGGAUUACUGGAAACAGAGACUAACAACAGUAACAGGUCGUGACAAUGCAACGAUCCAAGAUGUCUGGAAAUUCUCUACUGAUCAACUUAAUGAGCGGCAAAAAGAUGUGUUUCUCGACAUUGUGCAUUUUUUCAAGUCAGAGGAUGAGUAUUUUGUUCGGAGUUUACUGGAUUCAGGAGAUCCUGACGCUACUGAUGCCGUGAGUGAAGUAAGAGAUCUCGCCGACAAGUUCCUGAUUACAGUCUCCGACGGGAAAGUAGAGAUGAAUGAUCUAUUGUAUAGGUUCGGCAAGGGUCUUGGUUCUCCUUGGCUGCAUCGGAUGUGGAGCUACAAAGAUACAUACACUGAAACGGGAACUAAUAGUAUGAGAGGUAUUUUCUUAGACAUGUCCGGAGAGACAAAGAGCUUUCCGUUGGAAAGAAUGACCUUCACCAAUAUGCAAAAUCUUCGAUACCUCAAGAUAUAUAAUUCUUAUUGUUCUCGGCAAUGUAAAGCCAAAUGCAAAUUACACUUACCAGAUGGCCUUUCACUCCCCUUGGAAGAGAUUCGGUAUUUUCAUUUCAUAAAUUUCCCUUUGGAGCAACUUCCACCAGAUUUCAGACCGGAAAAUCUUAUUGAUCUUAGGCUGCCUUACAGCAAAAUUCAACGUAUUUGGGAAGGUGUUAAGGACACACCACGAUUAAAAUGGGUAGAUCUAUGCCACUCCAAUCAGUUGUUCGACUUGUCAGCAUUGUCAAAGGCUGAAAACCUUCAAAGAUUAAACUUGGAAGGCUGCACGGCUCUGGAGGAAUUGCCAGUGGAGAUUCAAAACAUGAAGUCUCUGGUUUUCCUGAACUUGCGAGGAUGCAUACGUCUUUGGUCUCUGCCAAAUAUUAAUUUAAUCUCGCUGAAAACCCUCAUACUCAGUGGCUGCUCAAACCUGAAGGACUUUCAACUAAUUUCUGAGAGUCUAGAGUUUCUUCAUUUGGAUGGCACAUCAAUCACAGGACUUCCUCUUGCUAUCCAGAGCCUCCAGAGACUUGUCGUGUUGAAUUUGAAGAACUGUGAAAUGCUGGAGGGUCUUCCCAACUGUCUCGGAGAGCUGAAAGCUCUUGAAGAAUUAAUACUUUCUGGUUGUUCAAGGCUUAAGAAUGUUUCAGAUGUAAGGGAGAGCAUGAAACAUCUCCAGAGUUUACUUAUUGACAGGAUCGGAGCAAAAGAGAUGCCAAACAUCACUAUAUCCAAGGGCCAAGCCUCUGCAGAUAAGUUCAUACACGGCCCGAGCGGCUGGCUACAGGGUGUUAAUGGAGUAUUCUCUCUGCGACGUCUAUCGUUAAGUGGAAAUGAUUUUGUCAGUCUGCAAACUGACAUUUGGAAACUUUACCAUCUAAAUUGGCUCGACGUGAAGAAUUGCAAGAAGCUGAGGUCUAUUCCGAUGCUUCCACCAAGACUUCAGUACUUUGAUGCCCAUGGCUGUGAUUCACUCGAAAGAGUUUCUCAUCCUUUGGCCAUUCCUGUUCUGACGCAUCAGAACCAUGCCACUUUCAAUUUUUCCAACUGUAACAAGCUGGAUCAAGAUGCAAAGGACAGUAUUAUAUCAUAUACUAGUUGGAAAUUUCAAUUAGUGUUAGACGCACUCUCUAGAUACAGUGAGAAUUCUGUUUUGGAAGCUUUAAUUGGAACUUGCUUUCCUGGAUGGGAAGUACCGUCAUGGUUCAGCCAUCAAGCAUCUGGACCGGUGUUAGAGUCAAAGCUGCCUCUACAUUGGAGUGACAACAAGUUUACUGGAAUAGCCCUAUGCGCUGUUGUCCUAUUUCCCGACUACCACGAGCAGAGGGACCUCCUCUUAGUGAAAUGUAAUUGUGUGUUUAAUAAUAAAGACCGGUCUCCUGUCGGCUUUGGUUGCACCGUUGGCAAUUGGAGCAAAGCACGUAACACAUCACUGAAGUAUGAGUCGUCUCAUAUAUUUAUUGGCUAUACCACUAUUCUAAAUAGCGACAAACAUGGUGGGGAGGAUAGUGAAGAGGGUUGUAGUCUUACUAAAGCUUCCCUUGAGUUUCAAGUGACAGAUAGUACGAAAGUGGUAGGAAGUUUCAAGAUUCUGAGCUGUGGCUUUAGAUUGAUAUAUGCAUCUGAUGAAAUGGAAAAUACAUGUUGGGAUCCAGUGACUGCUGUAAUACCAGAGAGGAUCGAGCACGACCAAGAUGAAGCAAAAUCUCAUGAAAACUUCAGAAGCCAUGAUGAAAUCCAAUCUGAGUCUUCCUAUGAUCCAACUGUGGAAGCCAAUGAAAAUUUUGUAAGUGAAACAAAAUCUGAUGCCGAACCUGAGUUGUGGAAGAGCUUGGAAAGCAAGAUAGUUGACAUUUCAAAUGUAGAAAAUGACACCACAUCGUCUCGAGAUCAAAAGUGUUACUUUGGAGUUGAGCUACGACUCAAGCAAAUGGAAAAAGUGUUGUACUCAAGGCCUGGAGAAACUUUUAUUGUUGGAGUAGUUGGGAUGCCCGGCAUUGGUAAAACAACUCUAGCAACAAUGUUGUUUGACAAGCGUGGGUCUAAGUUUCCAAGACACUUGUUUUUAACAGUGUCUAAGGAGUGCAGACCUGAGCAGCUGCGGACCAUGUUUCUGAAGAAGUUACUUGAACACUUGCAUCUAAACAUAAGCGACGAGACAACACAUGAAAGCGUGAAAGCUGAACUGCUUGAGACCAAGGUUUUCGCUGUUCUUGAUGACGUGAGUGACAAGAAACAGUUACAGAUUCUCCUCGGCAACCUCUCCUGGAUUAAGAAGGGAAGCAAAAUUGUUAUUACGACUUGUAAAAAGUCAUUGCUCGAGGGAUUUGUUCAUGAUACUUAUUUCGUCCCUCCAUUGAAAAACAGAGAGGCUUUUCAACUCUUUACUUAUCAUGCCUUCGAUAAGCAAAUCUGCCCCUCAGAAAUCUUCAUUUCGCUAUCCAGAAUGUUCGUGGAUCAUUCUACAGGCAACCCACUAGCUCUGGAAUCACUGGCAAGCGUCCUCUGUGGAAAAGACGAUGCUUACUGGCAACAUGAACUGCAAAAAGUGAGACGAAGUUUCGAUAUGAAGAUGGGAGAUGUCUGGGAGUACUCUAUUAACCAACUUACUGAGGGGCAGAACAAUAUGUUUCUGGACAUAGCGUAUUUUUUCAAAUCAGAGGAAGAGUAUUUUGUUAGAGGUUUACUGGAUUCAGGAAAUCCUGAAGCUAUGAGUGAAGUAAGAGAUCUCGCCGACAAGUUGCUUAUUACAAUUUCUGGUGGGCGGGUUGAGAUGCACGAUCAACUGUAUGGAUUGAGCAAGGACCGUGGCUACCCUGGGGAGCGUAAGCUGUGGAACUACAAAGAUAUCGACGGCUAUCUGGAAAAAAAUAAACAAUCGGGAACUGAUGUUGUGAGAGGUAUUUUCUUAGACAUGUCCGAAGCAACAAAGAACAUUCCCUUGGAAAGAAUGACCUUCGUCAAUAUGUGCAAUCUUCGAUACCUCAAGAUUUAUGAUUCAUCUUGUCCUCGACAAUGUAAAUCUGACUGCAAAUUAUGCUUCCCUGAUGGACUUUCAUUCCCUUUGGAAGAGAUUCGAUAUCUCCAUUGGGUGAAAUUUCCGUUGGAGGAACUUCCACCAGAUUUCAAACCAGAAUAUCUGGUUGAUCUUAGGCUACCUUACAGCAAAAUUGAACGUAUAUGGGAAGGUGUUAAGGACACACCACGAUUGAAAUGGGUAGAUCUACGCCAUUCCAGUAAGUUGCGCAACUUGUCAGCAUUGUCAAAGGCUGAAAAUCUUCAAAGAUUAAACUUGGAAGGCUGCACGGUUUUGCAUGAGUUGCCGGCGGAGAUUCAAAACAUGAAGUCUCUGGUUUUCCUGAACUUGCGAGGAUGCAUACGUCUUUGGUCUCUGCCAAAUAUUAAUUUAAUCUCGCUGAAAACCCUCAUACUCAGUGGCUGCUCAAACCUGAAGGACUUUCAACUAAUUUCUGAGAGUCUAGAGUUUCUUCAUUUGGAUGGCACAUCAAUCACAGGACUUCCUCUUGCUAUCCAGAGCCUCCAGAGACUUGUCGUGUUGAAUUUGAAGAACUGUGAAAUGCUGGAGGGUCUUCCCAACUGUCUCGGAGAGCUGAAAGCUCUUGAAGAAUUAAUACUUUCUGGUUGUUCAAGGCUUAAGAAUGUUUCAGAUGUAAGGGAGAGCAUGAAACAUCUCCAGAGUUUACUUAUUGACAGGAUCGGAGCAAAAGAGAUGCCAAACAUCACUAUAUCCAAGGGCCAAGCCUCUGCAGAUAAGUUCAUACACGGCCCGAGCGGCUGGCUACAGGGUGUUAAUGGAGUAUUCUCUCUGCGACGUCUAUCGUUAAGUGGAAAUGAUUUUGUCAGUCUGCAAACUGACAUUUGGAAACUUUACAAUCUAAACUGGCUUGACGUGAAGGAUUGCAAGAAGCUUAGGUCUAUUCCGAUGCUUCCACCACGACUUGAGUACUUUGAUGCUCAUGGCUGUGAUUCACUCGAAAGAGUUUCUCAUCCUCUUGCUCUUCCGGUGCGGCUGGAGCAGAUCCAUGCCAAAUUAAAUUUUUCCAACUGCAGCAAGUUGGAUCAAGAUGCAAAGGAUAGUAUCGUAUCUUAUACCCGGUGGAGAAGUGAGUUAGUGUUAGAUGCACUAUCUCGAUACAACAACGGGGAUUCUGCUUUGGGAAAUUUCACCGGAACAUGCUUUCCUGGAUGGGAAGUACCCGCACGAUUUAGUCAUAAAGCAUCUGGACCGGUGUUAGAGGGAAAGCUGUCUCCGCACUGGAGAGACAACAACUUUACUGGAAUAGCUCUAUGCGCUGUUGUCCUGUUUCCUGACUACCAUGAGCAGAGGGCCCGCCUUGUAGUGAAAUGUAACUGUGAGUUUAAUAAUGAAGACGGGUCUUAUAUCCGCUUUAGUUGCACUAUUGGCAGUUGGAGUGAUCCAGGUAAAACAGCUGGGAAGAUUGUACCAUCUCAUGUCUUUAUUGGAUAUGCAUCUAUGUUGGAUAACAAGAAACUUGGUGACGAAGAAAGUGAAAAGGGUUGUAGUCCUACCAAGACUCAUUUUAAAUUUCAAGUAACAGAUGGUACGGAAGUGUUACAUGGUUACGAGGUGCUGAAGUGUGGCUUUAGUUUGGUAUAUGCAUCCGAUGAAUUGCGGGUCCAGUCUAGUAUACACGGAGCAAAUCACUACGGAGCAUAUUCAAAAAAUGUGACAAUCUCUAAUGUAAGGAGGGAAAAAGAAACAAUGAAUAGGCGGCUGGAUGGUGGGCAUGACAUAGUUGAAUUGCCAAAUAAAAUGAUAUCACAUGGAAUCGCAAGCACUCCCAAACGACCUAAUAAUAAGUCUCCUGUAACCAUAUUGAAGCAAAUAGGAAGAGAGACACAAGUUCGAGCAUUGUCUGUUCGGUUUACUGGGAAGCCUCGGGUUUACAUCAGUUGCCAUGGAGGUGAUCUGUGCAUCACUUUUGUCAAACAUCUCGUGAAUAAUUUGACAAAUGCUGGGGUCAAAGUCUUCAUAGACAACGACGAGAGAAUGUGGAUUAAAAUGAACCAGCUCUACAAUAGGAUCGAGGAUUCAAGGAUCGCAGUUGUUAUCUUCUCCAAGAGGUACCUAGCUUCAGGGUUGUGCUUGAACGAGCUUGCGAAGAUGGACGAGCUAGCAAAGGAAGGAAAACUCUUAGUAAUUCCCGUCUUCUACCAGGUGAUAUCUAGCGACAUGAAAAACCUUAAGGGAGAGUGCGGACGAUGUUUCAGAGAGAUGAGAAAGAGACACGAGGACGAACCCAAUAAUGUCCGGAAAUGGGAGACUUCCUUGAUGUCAAUGGCAGAGACAAUCGGCGUACACUCGGAAAUUCACGGCAUAGAUGCCGCUCUUGUUAAAGCGACUGUUAAGGCAGUUCACAGAGAGAUAACAAAGAUAGCUGGAGGAAAAUUCAAGUCCCUUGGAAGAGGAUUUAUGUUAAGAGCACGUGUGUUCAUUUUUGCCUUGUUUGCGGCUCUUCUCUUUAGUCUCUUCGUAUCUCCUCUGAUUUUCACUGAUGCGACAUUCGCCGCCUUCUGAUACGUUCUUAGUGGAUUUGCUUGUUGCUGUCUGUUUAUGAGAGUAUUUGCAGCGACAAAGACCAGAUAUACUGGUUAAACAAAUGUCUUGUAUUACUUGGUUUUUAUUAAACAAUUGUCUUUGCUUCUU